AUGCGUUCUCUGUCAUUGGCAACGUUCUUGGCCUUCCUGGCUUUGAACAACGGCUAUGCAACGGGCUUGUCAUCGGCAAGACGUGACGCAAAAGGUCUGGGUCCGGUGCCGACAUCGAAUGGUCCGAUUACAGGUCAUCCGGUGUCAAACAACUCCGAGGUUCUCGAGUUCCUCGGGAUUCCCUAUGCGAAACCUCCAGUCGGCGAUCUGCGGUUCGCUCCACCACAGAGAUUCACAGGGAAUAAGUCGCAUGAGGCCUCUCAUUUCGGCUUUGACUGCCCUCUUUCCCCUUCUCGCCAGGUCGAUUACCCAGACAUGACACCACAAGCGCAGCGUAUCAUCGGAUACUUUGCUUCUGCUGCCGGGACACCUCAGAGUGAGGACUGCUUGACGCUGAACAUCUGGACAAGGUCGACCGAAAAGGCACGCUUCGCUGCCAAACCCGUCAUUGUAUUCUUUUACGGUGGUCGAUUUGCUGUCGGCAACACAAACAGCCCUUUCUACAAUGGCAAGUAUUUUGCGGAUGCUCAGGACGUCGUUGUAGUCACGGUCAACUACCGCAUCAACAUUUUUGGAUUUCCCGGGGCUCCAGGCCAGCCGCAGAAUCUUGGUUUGAGGGAUCAACGCGUAGCCGUGGAAUGGGUCCGCGAUAACAUUGCCGGCUUCGGCGGUGACCCGGCAAAGAUCACCAUCGCGGGCCAGUCGUCGGGCGGUGUCGCCGUGGACUAUUGGUCGUACGCCUACGUCAAAAGUCCCAUCGUCAACGGCCUCAUCGCACCGUCUGGCAAUGCCUUAAGCUUCCCGCUCAACAGCCCAGAUGUCACGGCGCGGAAUUGGAACACCGUCGUGGCGGCUGUGAAUUGCACCAACACUACCGAUACCAUGGGAUGCAUGCGAACUCGAAAUUGGGAAGAUAUAAAAUCUGCUACCGCUGCUAUCAGGCCAACGUCUUCCAGUAGCGUUCUUCGAGCGAUUCCGGCAUUUUAUCCUACAGUGGACAACGUAACCGUCUUUCCUGAUUACGUCUCCAUGACAGAGUCUGGCAAAUUUGCCAAGCUGCCGAUCCUCUUUGGGAACAACCAUAACGAAGACGGAUACUACAGAAUCCCGGCAUACGGCAAUGGCGUAGUACCCACACCAGGGCAAGUCGAAUCCUUCUUAUUGGAGUCUUUCACUUGCCCAAACUCUUAUCAGGGCCAAGCGCGGCUAAGGCAUGGUGUCUCUGCGUGGAUCUAUCGCUAUUUUGGAGAUUGGGACAACACACGUCUAUUCCCGACGAGCGGCGCAUACCACGGUGUUGACCUGCAUAUGAUCUUUGGCGCCUCUGGGGAUGUGAGCGGGAUACAGCCGUCCGAUGCUCAAAGGCGAACCACGGCACUCAUGCAGAGCGCCUGGGCGACUUUCGCCGAUGAUCCGGUAGAUGGAUUGAGUUCGGUCCUCGGAUGGCCAAAGUUUGACCCUAGCGAGACGUCGCUGGUUCUUCUGGCUGUCCAAAAUGAUCUUGAACCACACUUCGUCAAGCCGAGCUUGUACGACGAGCCAUGUUCCACGAUCACCUUGGGAGCCUUGGGCACUCCGGCGCCCCCUUGA